CUCUGAGCCUACGCAGAUAUUGAUACUUACGCCUUAUCAUCAUUCUUAUAGCCUGUGCUCCUCUAUAGCAUCGAUUCCAAUCGACACAACACUAUCGUGCGCGUGCACCCGAGAUGCCCGUAGUCUCGUCGGCCGCGCUGUCAAGCCCGCUGGUCCACCACGUAGGGCGCGCAUGACUCCUGUGAGACAUUUAUUUUCAUCUUCACCUUCUUCCAUUCGCUCUAUUCCUUUCAUAUGUCAAAUCUCCGUAAUGGACGCAGACCCUUCCACGUUUGCCGCCGACAUACUGCCAUCCCCAGAACAACUUCACAAUGCUCGCUCCAAACUCAUCCAGACGCUGCCGAGCAAAGGCAUUGGACUCGCAGAGGCGCGACGACACCUCUAUGAAGACUUGGUCCCAGGCUUCAACAGGCAGAGCCAAUCACCUUACUACUACGGCUUCGUGACAGGAGGCACGACUCCAGCGGCAGUCCUCGGCGACAACAUCGCCACACAAGCCGACCAAAGUCCGCAAGUCCACCUUCCGAACGAUACGGUAGCUACCGAUGUCGACGACCGCGCGUUGAGCAUGGUGUGUGAACUACUGGCUUUGCAACCGGAGCAAUGGCCCCAUCGCAUCUUCUCGACUGGAGCUACGGCGAGUAAUGUGCUAGGCCUAGCGUGCGGGCGUGAGUUUGUUCUGCAAAGGGCCGCAGCAUCGGCAGAUGCCAGCGUCGCGGAGCUCGGAAUUGCAGGAGCAAUGCGAGCCGCUGGGGUGGGCGAGGUUCGUGUUCUUACGACUGUGCCGCACUCUUCGUUGCGCAAGGCAGCGUCCAUCGUUGGCUUGGGCAGAGCAAGCGUCCAGGACGUCGGCAUUCCAACUCCACGACAUAAAAUCGAUUGGGCAACGCUAGAAGCUGCUCUCCAGCUGCCGCGCACCGCAUAUAUAAUAGCGGUGUCUUGUGGUGAGGUCAAUACCGGAUUGUUCGCGACCACUGGCGCAGAUAUGCAGCGACUUCGACAGCUGUGCGACAAGCAUGGCGCUUGGCUACACGUUGAUGCUGCGUUUGGCCUUCUUGCUCGAGCGCUUCCACAAGGAGAAGAGUUCAGCAAAAUCCUGGAAGGCGUAGCAGGCUUGGAGCUCGCCGACUCCAUUGCAGGCGAUGCCCACAAGCUACUGAACGUGCCAUACGACUGCGGCAUCUUCCUCUCCCGCCACCUAGCCCUAGGAACGCACAUCUUCCAAAACCCCAACGCAACCUACCUCAACAUCCCAAGCACAACAGCAACAACAGCCCACCAAAUCCCCUCCCCCCUAAACCUCGGCAUCGAAAACUCCCGCCGCUUCCGCGCGCUCCCCGUCUACGCCACCCUCUCAGCCUACGGCCGCGAAGGGUACAGCAGCAUGCUGCAGCGCCAAAUCCGGCUUGCGCGCGCGAUAGCACGCUACAUCGGGUCCAGCGCGGAGUACGAAUUACUCCCGCGCGGAAUGGCGGAGGGUGAGAUUUACAUCAUCGUGCUUUUCCGCGCGCGAGACGCGGAGUUGAAUGCCGGGCUCGUGAAGCGGUUAAAUGCUUUGCGGCGGCUUUAUGUCUCGGGGACGGUGUGGGAAGGGCAGGCGGCGGCGAGGUUUGCGGUGGCGAGUUGGAUGGUGGAUGUGGAGAGGGAUUUGAAAGUGGUGGUGGAUGUGUUGACAGAGGUGGCGAAGGGCGAGUGGUGAAUUCGGGGAAAUAAUGCCUCAUGCGAAGCCAUUAUGCGGUAUUAAGGUGAAU